AUGACAUUUUGUGUGGGAUUUGCAUAUCUACAGUCUGAGUAUGUUGAUAACUUCACAUGGGCAUUACAAAUGGUGAAAGAACAUACUACAAGUGGUGAAGUUGAAGUCAUUGUUACUGAUAGAGAUCUUGCUUUGAUGAACGCAGUUGAAAAUGUUUUUCCAAAAGCAGUGAAUUUAUUAUGCUUGUUUCAUAUAUGCAAGAAUGUCAAAGCCAAGUGCAAGAUGACUGUGUUUCCAAAAAAGAAGCAAGUGCAAAUAAUGGAGGCAUGGGAGGCUCUUAUUUAUAGUUAUGAUGAGGCUCAAUACUACAUGAAGUUGGCUAUCUUUGAAGGAAUUUGUAGUAGCUAUUCUAUUUUUUAUGAUUUUGUACACGAGCAGUGGUUAAUUCCUCACAAUGUUUGGGAAACCAUCAAUAGCAUGAUUGUAUUACAACAUAAUGAGAUAAUAGCAUCAUUUGAAAAGAGCAUCAUUCAAAAGGUGCAUCGCUAUAGUAACAGAUUAUACGCGAAUUUGCGUGGUGUUGUGUCAAAAAAUGCAAUUGAUCACAUUGCGGCAGAGUAUGACCGCGUGAAGUAUAGUACAUUAACUUUCCAUGUUGAUGCAUCGAGUAAACCUUCGGAGUUAUUUGUGAAACAUGAAAUAGAUGUCAUAGUGAAAAAGUUUGAAGAGCUUGAUGUACCUGGCAAAAUUUCACUUAAAGGUAAAUUACGAGAGAUCGUGUAUCCUUCGAAUAUGUCGAUGUUUCCACCGGUUGCCAAGGUUAAAACAAAAGAUACCGGUAAAGUAGAAAAGCUAGCACCACGACCAUCAGUCCAAAAGCUCACACUUCGACCAUCAAUUAGCAAAGUUAGACACCCAAGAGUUCUCCUCUUCAAAUAUUGGUUGCCAGUUGAAAUUCAUAAAUUCAUAGAUGACAUUAUUGAUGUCGGUGAUGAUGGUAAUUGUGGAUAUCGUGCAGUUGCAGCUUUACUUGGAAUGGGUGAGAACUGUUGGGCAUUCAUCCGUCAACAGUGUGUGAUAGAGCUUCAAGAGUUCAUGUCUCAUUACGAGAUACUAUUUGGUGGAGAAAAUUAUGUUCGACAACUUAUACACAAUGUGUAUGUUGAGCAAGUUGCAUCGAAGGAUAAUUGGAUGACACUUCCAGAAAUGGGAUAUGUGAUUGCUUCGAAAUUUAACUUGGUUGUCGUCGCAUUAUCACUUAACCAAUCGCAAACAUAUUUUUCACUUCGAAGUCCACCACCAACAUCUAUGUCAGAUCAUCGUGUGAUUGUUAUUGCAUUUGUUAACAACUGUCAUUUCGUACAGGUUCUGCAACCGAAGGUGCUACAUAGACUGGUUCUCUACGAAUGA